CGGAACAGCCUCAGUCACAAUCAAAGAGAGACUAGCUGGCUGAGCUCAGAGGACCACGCUCAACAAGUGGAGCUGAACGAAGAACAUUAGUCACAGACUCAAUGACACCAGGGACAGAACCCUCAGAAGAAGCAUCUGUUAAAGAGCCCUUAGAGAGCACAUGGAAGACACAGCCACUGGAGCCACUGAAGUCACUGUACAGAGCUCCAUAGACAACACUGAAGACAGCGAAACCACAACACCUGAGCUCCAAAGGGACCACCACUGCAGGAUGGCUUCAACACCAUGACUGACUCUAGACCCUCUGGAGUUCCAACAGUACAGCUGGGAACCAGAGCUAAAGACCAGAAUAAUAGGAUACUAAACUCAUGUCUCAAAGCCAUUAUUGUGUGGUUGUGUGUGUGGCUCUGUGUGUGUUGAUUUGUGUGUGUUGUGUGUAGCAUUGUGUAGUUUUGUGUGUGCAGUUGGUCAUUAGCGGAUGUUCCAAACAUGGCCAGCAUGACGGUCCAGCUGCUGGGCUUCUUCCUGGGUCUGCUGGGGCUUGUGGGUAGUGUAGUUGCUACAGUGCUCCCCCACUGGUGGCGGACAGCCUAUGUGGGCUCUAACAUAAUCACAGCCACUGCCUACAUGAAGGGGCUCUGGAUGGAGUGUGUGUGGCACAGCACGGGCAUCUACCAGUGUGAAGUACAUCGCUCAAUGCUGGCUCUGCCACCUGACCUGCAGGCGGCACGAGCGUUGAUGUUGCUGUCCUGCCUCACCUCCACCCUGGCAGCCCUCGUGUCCUCUGCAGGGAUGAAGUGUACCCGCUGUGCCCGUGGCUCGUCCAUCAAGCAUGUCCUGGCCAUCAGUGGGGGGGUCUGCUUCCUGUCUGCAGGCAUGCUCUGCCUAAUCACUGUCUGUUGGACAACCAAUGAUGUCAUCCUCGACUUCUACAACCCCAUCCUACCCUCAGUUAUGAAGUAUGAGAUUGGCAUGGCGGUGUAUUUAGGCUACGUCUCGGCCUGUCUUAGUCUGAUGGGAGGGGUGGUGCUCUGUUGGAACUGUGAGGGGCGGCCCAGGAACCCCCUACAUCUACCUCAUCAUCGCCACCCUUGUCCUCCCCUCGUCUUCAACACUAUAAACACCCCCAACACCCCAGCACCACCCUACUAUCCCCCUGCCACCCUGAAAGGGAACUACGCCCCCUCAUGCACCUCACUGUCCAGCAAUGGCUACAGACUCAAUGACUACGUCUGAGGGAUAGAGUACACACUCAAUGAAUGCUCCUAG